AUGAUGACUAACAUGAGAUUCGCCGCCUCCGAGAGAGAGUACACCCGAAGUGGAGAACAGCAUCGACGACGACUCGACUUGACUGACGAACGGAAAAGGAGAUCUGAGAUGACCACAGCCUCAGAGCUGUUUUCUGAGGAUGCGCGAGCACGUUUUUCGCACACCAAGGCACUGUUUGAACAGCUGGAACGACAGCAAGAGCAGGUGCCUUCGUUCUACUCGCCUCGACCGACACGACAACCGCCACCGUUGCCACCGAAACCGUCUGUCCCAUGUCCAGGAAGUCCCAUAUCUCAGGUUGCCCGAAAUUUCUCAGAGCUGGCUUCCGACCUCGAAUUGCUGAAUCGCGGUUCACCGCGUGGUGCUCAAGAAUCCUUAAAAUUCACAAGGAGUAUGCCGGUGAAUCAGCAAAGACCAACCUACGACCAGCAAAGGCCCCAAUAUGAGCCGUCACCGCCACCAGCAUCGAACUACAACGAAGCCCUUCGACAACGAACCAACUACGAACCCUACUGGCGUGAUCCAUCCUUCUACAGAAGACGAUUCGGUGAUGAUCGCGACGAGAAUGGCAUAUUAGACGCAGAUGCACAAGCAAUGCGACAUACGACGUAUGCUCUGGUGAAAACCCGACGCGACGCUGACGAUGAAGACGGUCGAACCGUGUCGUCAAGAGGCGCAUCGUCGGAUGAUGAACGAAUCGACGGAGUGCUCGAAACUCGACGUGGUCUCAGUCCCGAACGUGACCUCGACCGCGACAGAAAGGUCUCCUUCAGCACAGCACCGAUACCUGUAUAUUGUACUCAUUCCGUAGAAGAAUAUGAUCGUAAAAAUGAGGAUAUCGAUCCGGUUGCAAGUUGUGCCGAAUAUGAACUUGAAAGGCGAUUAGAACGUAUGGAAUUGUUCGACGUAAUGCUCGAAAAAGGUCCCGAGGGUCUUGGCGUGUCCAUUAUCGGAAUGGGAGUCGGAGCCGAUUCGGGACUGGAAAAGUUAGGAAUCUUUGUGAAGAAUAUUACUCCUGGAGGAGCUGUACACAGAGACGGACGGGUACGAGUUUGCGAUCAGAUUGUGUCCGUUGAUGGCAAAAGCCUCGUCGGAGUCAGUCAACUUUACGCGGCUGAAACGCUUCGAGCCACUUCGAAUCGAGUACUUUUCACUAUUGGACGUGAACCAAACCUUGAAGAAUCCGAAGUAGCUCAGCUGAUUAGACAGUCCCUAGAAGCUGACCGAGCACGAAUCGUCAACGAAGACGGAGAAGAAAGUCAACCUGAAGAAAGUGAACCUCCAACUUCGCGAAGCAUGGAUGAAGCUGAGAUUAGGGCAAAGAUAGCAGCAUUAGAGUUGGAAUUGGAAAUGUCACAGAAGAAAGCCGAUCAAAUGCAUGAAGUAUUAGAUAGCACAAAAUCGCAUUAUGAUCAGCUUGAGAAGAAAUAUGAUCAGGCUAAUCAGCUUCUGAGAAAUUAUCAAGAAAGAGAAAAAGAGCUCUUAUCCCGAGAGGAAAAUCAUGUGGAGCAGUUAAGAGAUAAGGAUGCUCAUUAUUCUCAUCUUGUGGCUCAGCUGAAGGAACGAAUUGAAGAAUUGGAGGCGAAACUUGAAGAGAUGGACGAACGACGGCAAUCUAUAGCCAAUAACGAACUCACCGAACUCAGGGAUAAAUUGAAAGACAAGCUGGAGAAGCGCGAUGAGGGUUUGGCAUAUAAACCCGGCGGCGAACUUCCUCAUGAAGAUAAAGCUGUAAUGGCUAAUAUGGAUGCAAAAGAGCCAAAAACUACCAUUAAUAACAAUGUUCCGAAGGCUACGAAAGCCGAGGAGAGCUUGCAAUGGGCAUCCAAAAUCAUUCUGAUCAAAGAGAGUCGAACACGACAGAUACCAUUUCUGUACGAACCGCAUUUUCCAGCUUUUUUAACGAAGAACCUCCAAAGUCGAAAUUUGAGGUGCCCGGCGAGAUGCCGACACGCCUCUUGUGUAUGUCAAUACGAGACAUGUUUUCUUUGUACCGAACUGUCUCGAAUUUUUUUUUCGCGCAUAGAAAGGAAAGCGAUCGGCGUUUUUGGGGAAAUCCAACGCUUUGGUGAAGCGUGUGACGGGUUUUGCCACUCCCUAAUUGCGCAAUUUCUAACCAAAAAAUUGCGAGAAUUUGCUACCAACUACAUAGAAGGGCUGGAUGUCAGGGAUUUAGAAAGCAGUCAGUUAUUACUAUGGAUAAAAGGAAUUGCGCUAAAUCCAAACUCUGCUUUACAACUCGUAAAAAUGUCAACCGUUUCUAGUGAAAAAAACCAGUAA